AGCAUAGCCCUUUUCGUUUUUCAAUUUUUGAAAAUGCAGACAAGUCACAGAUCAUUUCAGUAUAUCCAACCGGCAAUGUGUAUAAUUGUUUUCCUGGCAUUCUCAGCUUGUUAACAAGAAAAUUCAGAAUUCUGCAUAUUGUAAGAUUGUAGCAUAUAAAUGUCAAUUGCUUGUGGGGUGGGAUGUGUAGUAGUCAUAGGAUGCAUCCGCUGGGCGUGGAAACGGUGCUCCUACAUUGGUUCAGAUGAUAGCGAGGCAUGGCCUAUCGCCACCAUGGAAGAAUUUGAACCUAUCCCCAGAAUCUGCCGCGUAAUCCUUGCAGUGUAUGACCCCGACCCUGACCAUCCUCAGUACCCUCCAUCCAACCAUUAUCGGGUUAAUUAUGACAACAUCCUCAAACGUGUAACCUAUGAAGAAACACAAGGCCAUUCACCACCUUACAUUAUUUACUCUGAUCACGAGAACCGCGAAAUUGUUCUAGCAAUUCGUGGCCUUAACUUGUAUAAAGAGAGCCAUUAUAAGAUACUUUGGGAUAAUAAUCUGGGGAGGCAGAUGUUUGAUGGAGGCUACGUGCAUCAUGGUCUAUUGAAGUCAGCAACUUGGAUCCUGAGUCAAGAGUCUGAGACUUUAAAGAUGCUUUGGAUGGAAAGUGGGAAGAACUACAAUAUGGUUUUUGCUGGCCACUCAUUGGGAGCUGGUAUUGCUGCUCUGCUGACAGUAAUUGUAGUGAAUCAUGGGGAUCAAAUAGGGGGGAUUCCGCGGAGUAAUAUUAGGUGUUAUGCAGUGGCACCUGCACGGUGUAUGUCACUGAACUUGGCAGUGAAAUAUGCCAAUGUUAUACAUUCCAUUGUCUUGCAGGAUGAUUUCUUGCCUAGAACUCCUACCCCACUGGAAGAUAUAGCUAAAUCCAUCUUCUGCUUGCCAUGUCUGAUGUUUUGUCUGUGCUUGAGCGAUACCUUUAUGCCAGAGGAUAGGAAGCUUAAAGAUCCAAGAAGAUUGUAUGCACCUGGUCGAAUAUAUCACAUUGUGGAGAGAAAGUUUUGCAGGUGCGGAAGGUACCCCCCAGAAGUUAGAACGGCCAUUCCUGUAGAUGGAAGAUUUGAACACAUUGUGCUGUCUUGCAAUGCUACAUCAGAUCAUGCAAUCAUUCAGAUAACAAAUGAAACAGAGAAGGCAUUGCAAAUACUGAAAGAGAGUGGCGAUGAGACCGCUACAACCGCACCAAAGGUCCCAAAAUUUGACAGGUUGCAGACUAUUGAAGAAGAACACAAGGAUGCACAGGAAAGAGCUAUCAGUAUGAACAUACUUCAUGCUGUGACAACUACGGAGGAAGAAGAAUCCUUGGAGGAGACAAAUAUAGAGAUAAAGGACUGUCAGGAUGAGGAUGAAGAUGCUUUGAAUACUUUAUCAAAACCUUAAAAUGCGAAUUAAUACUUCGCACAGAUGCAAUUGUCACUAAAUAAGACUAGUUCUCUGGAUAGUUGUUCUCAUUCUUUGUCUGUGGUAUGUUAUCAUAUUCUCUCUUAGUCUUGUUUGUAGACGAAAUGCAAGUGAAAGCUACCUGCAGAACCAGAACCCAAUCUUGA